AUGCCGUACCCGUCGGUUCUCAAAAGCACCCUUUUAUCUGCUGCAGUAAUUGGACUGGCCGCUGGAACUGGAGUUGAGGCCAACCGAGCGAAUGAUGCGACGACCAAACUUGCACAGCUGAGCUCCUCAAUAUCCGCGGGGGCAGUCAAGGCAACGAAGACUGUCACAACGACUGCGACGCCUACCUCUACCGCCUUCGCUGAUCUCGACAAUAACUGCUCGGAUGAUCCUGGUGGUGUUACUGGCCAGACCUACACUGCCUUCACAUUCUUGGGCAAUGCUUCAUUCACUAUGAUGUGCAACAAGGACGCCGCCAACACCCCUCUCAUGUCGCUCUUCACCUCCGACUUCAACACUUGCAUGGACGCGUGUGCCGCGUACACAUUCUACAUGCCGAGCCUCUUCGGGGACAACGACAACACCACCUGCACGGGAGUCAGCUUCAUUCCACUAUGGACGACAAAGUCAGGGGCGCUUGCUGGCAAAGCGCCUGGAAACUGUUACCUCAAGCCCGGCGAACAGAACGAUGACACAAUUACGACUCCGAACAUUGGCACCGAGUGCCAUGCUGGUAUCCUGAAUACGGGCGACUCAUCGUAG